AUGUCUCAAUAUUCAGAAAUUUUCGCUGGUCAAAACAAGGUCUCAAUCGAACACAUUUUCAAGCAGUUUCGUAACAACUACGUACCAGAGGAUAAAAAAUAUAAUGUCCUGAAAUACUUUGACGAUCUAUAUAAAUACACGUAUCAUUUAGAUAAUAAUGACAUGUUCAAACUAAGUGACUUGUUUCGUGAUACCGAGACGGCAAUUCAAAAGAAUCUAGUUGCAAUUAAAAGAUUUGAUCAACUAAUUGAGGACAUUUUAGAUGAUGAUGAUUUGAGUCAUAUAGUAGAUAAUACCAUCCGCAUAGCUGAAACCACGUGUCACGAUGUGACUCUCCUUCAAAGCAGUGGACAACUUCUAUCGACAUUAAGUACCUGCGCUAAGACCAUCAAGCGAGACACAUCAGAGGCAUCAGGUUUUGAUAAGACCGCAGCUUAUCUCGCCAAAGCUGUUCAAUCCGAACUUCAAGACAAUGUUUUCUCGGGUAUCUCAAACUUCUGGGAUGUGUUUUUCGAAGGAAAAGCUUGGUCCAAGCAGACCUCACGCAUUUGGGAGUGUUACACAUCUUACGAAAAAGCCGAGGAAUGUGAAAGAACGAGAACAAAUCAGAGUAUUAUAACUUUGAAAGAAGAAAUGACGGAGACACAAGUGUGGGAAUGGCUUGAUUUUUUCAGGGAGAAAUUUUUGAAUCAGCUAAAUGGGCCCAUAGAAGAACCAUUGAAGAACUGCGAAGUCAUGUUAGAAACGAAUACGCCCCGACUGCGAGCGCAGUACUGCAAUACCAAAGUUAUGAAAAGCACAAUCAGAACGGCAGCUGACGCUCAAGCUGACUUCGUUAUUCGAAGUGGCGAGCUAUCUGGGGAUAAGCCACAAUGGGAGGAUGUGAGAGUGGUCGCCGAGUUCACGAAACAGACCGAUUCAAGUGCAAGGAAAGCAAAAUUCACUCAACUAUCUAGGUAUGUGCGCGAAAUAUUUUGUGCGCAGCCCUUGCGGCGAUUUGUACAUUGCUUUUUCUUCUUGAAAACAAAAUUUGAGCUCUGGGUAUUUGAUCGUACUGGGGCCUACAGCUCGGGCUUAAAAAGCAUUGUCAGCGAAAAGGAGAUGUUCGUACGAGCAAUAAGCUCGUAUUUGCUAAUGAGCGAUGAAGAACUUGGCCUCGACUUGUCUACCAGCAAGGUCGGCGAAAAUUUAUUUGUCACAAUAAAUGGAAUUAAUGAUGAUCCCACCAUGCAAUUUAAGAUCGACCCUGAGCCGAUUGUCCGACCACAGAGACUGAUUACUCGAGGUACUACCUGCUUCGAGACCGUUGACAAACUAUCAGUUGUCAAGUAUGCAUGGACCAGUGUGAAGGGGUGUUCGGAAAUCGACUUUCUUAAAGUCGCACUUCCAGUACGCGGCGUUGUGAACUAUAUAACGUCGGAUGAAGUCUAUCGGACCAGCGAACACUUGGGAAAUCUAGAUUUUACCGAUGCUGACGCUUGGGACUUGAAGACAGAGACGCUGAUCAUAUCAAGGGGUACGCACCUGAUGCAACCGACAGUCAGCCCAUGGGACAGAGAUCGCAAACUCAUCAGGAUUGCUAUCACACCUCGUGGUCAACCCCUGAAUACCAGCAAGACGACCCUUGAAUUUAUUGUUGGAAUUCGGGAUGCAAUCUUGGGCCACCGACGCCUAUAUGAUCGGGGAAUUCUACACGGCGAUAUCUCGGAAGGCAACAUUGUCUUGACAUCACCAAAUGCAGGUGAUGAAUCAAAGGGGAUGUUGAUUGAUCUGGACCACUCCGUCGGGCUGAUCGAAAGUUUGAAAACGGACGAUGAACUGUCUCUAACAGGCACCAUGAAAUUCAUGGCAAUCGAGAGAUUACAAGUUGCGGUAGACAAUGAGCCUACAAUCCAGCGUACCAUUCGGCACGACUUGGAAUCCUUCUUCUAUGUAUUCCUUGUAGGAUGCAUAGAAUAUGAAGUUGUCCCAGAGUCCAAAUCACGUAACCUUGACAGCUGGUGCACAAGAGAUGUAGCGAGUAACUAUACAUCGAAGGUAGGUUAUAUUGGUGUUUUCGAAGUUUUGGUUUUGAAGAAUUUCACACCCAGCUUUUUGGGCCUGAAGGACCUAGCAAGCAGCCUAAAAACGAUUUUAUUUGGUGAGAUAGGCCAGAAUUAUACGACACCUUAUGACUGUAGCUCUAUGUAUGAAGAAAUAAUUGGGGCGUUCAAUAAAACUAUCCAGCAGAUUACAGAUCGAUCAAUCUUAAAUAAUACUUUCAAACCACGAAAACGAUAG